CACGCUCAACGUGUAGCACUGAAGCAACAUGGCUCUGAAUGGAGAUGACGAGGACUUCGAGUGGGAGCCUCCAACGGAGGCAGAGAUGAAGGUGAUCCAGGCUCGCAGGGAGCGACAAGACAAAAUCAGCAAGCUGAUGGGAAACUACCUGCUCAAAGGAUACAAGAUGCUGGGAGAGUGCUGUGAUGUGUGUGGGACAAUUCUUCUCCAGGACAAACAGCAGAAAAACUACUGUGUCUCAUGUCAGGAGCUGGACUCUGAUGUUGACAAGGACAAUCCUGCUCUGAAUGCUCAGGCUGCGUUGUCCCAAGUAAGAGAGAGGCAGCUUGCAGCCCAGUCCCCUGCACCAUCCCAGGCCCCUGAACUCAACGGAGGCCCCAGCAGCAGCCAAGCAAGUGUGUCAGUUCCCAGACCGGAGCACUGUGAGGGGGCUGCCGCGGGAGGGAGAGCUGCCCUGCCUCCACCUGCUGUCCCUUCUCCGUCAACUCCUGCCGCCACCACAGCCCUAGCCCCUCCUCGCCCCCCAGUUAGUUCACAGAGCGCUGCCCUCCAAACUGUGUUGCAAGAAGCUGAGGAAGCUGUUCUAACCAAACUUCGCUGGGCCACUACCCAGCUACAGAGUUCGGCCUCCCUGGAGGCGAGCAUCCAGCUCUGCAGCCUCAUCACCAGCUGUGCCAGUUCACUGCGCAGCCUCAAGGAGCUCAGCCAGUAACCAGCACGGAAAAAAGGCUGAAACCAUGGAUUAACGCUGUUUCUAUUCGAUUGUCCUGGCAUACUGACUCUGGUUCGCUGCUUUGCAGUAUCUCUCUUUGACUGAAUCCUUGCUGAAUUCAAAAUUGGUCAGGAACUGCACUUGAAAUAAGGGUAAAAUGUCAAAAGUUGCUCUUCAGUUAGCAUACCUAUAUGGCUGGCCGGAAUAUCAUGUUAAAUGGUUUCAUAGUAUGUUUAAGUACAAAUGUUUGAAAAUUAGACUGUUUUUGUAUGAGUGGUGGAAGUAAGAAAAAAUUGAUGAAAAUGCAUGUGAGUUUAAAAGUAGAGGAGUAAAAUGGAUGUGAAAUGAAAACAAUUUGAUUCACAUUUUAGGCAGAAGUAACAAGAGUGGUUAUUUCUGAUACUGCUGUAAAUGUCAGGUGGUUAUGAAUGAUGAGUGGUGGACAGCAGACAGUAACACAGCCCAGACUAUCACAGUUUCAAAUAAAAUGUCAGUCAGGUUUGUCAAAUCAGUUGACAAGUUACCACUAUCUUUCAAAUCACAUGCAUUUCAUCACUUUUUUCAAUAUUUUUUCUUACUCCCAUUUUCCUUAAAUAGCACUCCCAAUAUUCAUUUUAUAUCCAGGUUUUCCCUCCAUUCUUCAAUUCACUUGCAUUUUCAUUACAUCCAUUUUCAGGAUUAGAAUUGUUUCACCCCUCACAUUUGUAAGUUCGGAUAUAACGAGAAAUGAACAUUUCUGAAUACACAUUCAUCACUGGUAUCAAUUUUAAACCAUCAGGCCUUAAACAUAUUUUAAAUUAAGUCUUCUAAUCUAUAUUUUACAGUAAAAGACUGCUCAUGUUGAUCAUCUUAGAUUAAUCCAAAAUGCCCACCAAAUAGACAUCUGGGAAAAUGACAUCUUUUUUUCUGAUUGGUUAUUACAUGGUGUUAUACCAGUAUCUGUUGGUAUAUUGUUGAACACAACAGUCCUCUGGUCAGAUCCGAUGCAUUUUUCUAUUCACGGUUCAGUCUGACGCUCAGAUUUCUGUUGUCUCUGACCUUCUGCCGAUGCAGAGAUUGUCAUGGCGUGCUGGCAGUUCUGAGGUUUUUGCUGUAAAUAUACCUGAUACAUGAUGGUGAUGCUCAGGUGAGACAGAGCAACAGUCAGGGGUCAGACCCAAAAUUCUUUAUUCAUUCAAAACAUCCAGCAGAAAUAUAACUGUGCAUCAAUAGACCGUACUUCAUAUUAGAUAAAACCCAGCUUCAGUGUUGUUCAAGGCAGUUAAGAGGUUUCCAAUUAAAUACCUGAAUAAAUCAUUGCCUAUUCAGGAGCUUUGCAGUUUUUUCCACAAGGGGGCGCCAAAUGCAAAAAGCAAUGCCAUAGAGUUUGUUCAUUGAAAAACGCUUCUAAUAAGUACCAAUAAACAUGUACAUUUCUG